AGCAAUUGAAAUGUAAGUGGGAGUACAUAAAAAAAAGUGCAAGGAAAGAGGCUGGGAGAGUAAACCGCAUGCGUCGGCAGACUGGUGGAGGACCACCUCCUCCUCCAUUAUCUGCAACGAGUGAAUGGGUCUCUGGAAUUCUGAAAGAGUCUGUGUCCGGGAUUGAGUCUCAAUAUGAUGGAGAUGUCUGCAGUGGCAUAGUGGUUGAACCACCUCCAACAUCAGUUUAUGCAGAGAUAAAUGUGAUGGAUAUAAGUCAGGAUGCUGUAGAAGUACAGGAUGUUGUGAAAGAAAAUAUAAAACAACAAUCUUCCCCAGUUAUGAGUGCUACAUUUAAAAGACAUGCAGCGAGGAAAACAUUAAAUGCUACUCCACAUCAAACCAGGCAGUCAUUUUUGGAAUUGGCGAAAAUGAAAAAGGAACUUGUGCAACUUAAAACCAAAAAUAUCGAAAGGCAGGACGAAAGUUCUCUAGUCCAUCUGAGAGAGGAGAAAUGUCGGUUAGAGAUGGAUUUGUUAAAAAAAGAGGAACAGCGUAAACAGGAACUACAUGAAUUGCAAGUUCUAAAAAUGAAAUUAGAAAUAGAUAUUUUAAGAAAGAAAACAGAAUAAUGUAUCUUUUUCUAACUUCAUUUUAAGAGCUUUUUAGCAAUUUGUGUAUUUCAUAUUAGAAUAAAUAGUACCUUCUUUGAAUAUAUUAUUUGACUGACAUAUACAAGGUGCCGAUUAAUACCAUUAUCACCUCAGUAAACCAAGGUUAUGGCCGAUGUAACUUUUACAUGGAAUUUUUUAUUAUUUCAUUUCAUCAUGGUACUUCGUUUAUUUUAUUUUACAUUGUACAAAUGUGUUUAUCAGAUCACAAUUAAAUAGCAUAGGUUCAUAUGUAUCGUCAUUUAAUAUGAUAUUAUAAAUACGCUGAAGAUAUUUGAAGAAAACAGAAUAAUGCUGAAAUAUAUUUAUUAUAAAGUUUUUAUUUAGGUAUAAUAGGUUUUCAAAUACAUAUCUAUAUAUAUUACACACAGUUAUCUUGUCAAUUCAAUCUGCAGCUAAUCUGAAAAUAAUGAAAUUG